AUGCCUGGACAUAUCGCUUCGACUCAAUGGAGUAUAACGCAGAUAAGCAACAACAUCAACAUCAACGACAACAACUUGUACAAUAUGUACAACAACAUCAACAACAACAUCAUCAAAAACAUCAUCAACAACAACAACAUGUACAGUAUGUACAACAACAUCAACAACAACAACAUCAUCAACAACAAGAGAAACGAUAUACACUACAACAACAAACUCAUAAGCAAACCAGUAGAUGAAAUUCUCAUUAACAACGAAAUCAACAACAUCACCGAACCAAACAUCAACAACAUAAAUGACAUUAACAAAAGUACAAAACCCAACAACAACAACAGCAACAAAAAGAUUCUGAAUGUGACAAUAAACAAAAGACUUCAAGAUGGCGGAUUUGAAUAUCACGUGACCAGUAACAAGGGACUUCCGUUUUUGAAAUUCUCCCUUCCCGAAAACCGAUCCGCAUUAAAAUGGUGGUUUCAAUUAGAAAAGACAGCCAACAACAACUACAAAGUAUCAACAUUCUUGAGCCAUUACAUCCAAACCGUUCUUCACAUUUCUCGCGAUAGAAAGUUCGUCAACAUUGUUGUAUCAGGCCGCAUGACAAACUGUCCGGCUUACAUGAAGAUUACAAUUUUUGAUCUAACCAAUGAAGAGCAAAUACUGGACGCUGACGUCCUCUUAAACUGCCCGCCAGUCUUCAACAUCACCUUCAUCAUCUCCUAUCCCAAAACUAUCUCGAAACCGCACAAAGUAUUCAAACUCGUUUUAACCGAUGUUACGAAUACCGAAUUCGUUUCGUAUUUAUCUUGUGUCUUUGUCGGUAAUGGUGGUGGAAAGGAUUAUGAAGAUGACACUUUGAAUGGUGAUGACGGUAACCACAACGAUGACGUCAGAGGUGUUGAUGUUAAUGAUUAUGAGAUGAAUGAUUACUUUGAUACUGGUGAUGAUUACAAUGAUGAUUACAAUGGUGAUGAAGAAGAUGAUGAUGGUGAUAGAAGUUUUGUCGGUAUUGGUAGAAACGAACUCGGUUUUGAUAUCGGAAAGUUAAACGAAACGAGAAACAUAAUAGCCUCGCAGUCGGAGUCAAAAAUUUCAGGGAAACAAUUAGAAGGCGGAGUCUAUUUUGAUUGGCAGAUAAGCGGUGACAGAAGUAAUGAAAUCAAAAACAAAAACAACAAUGACAUCAGUAACAUUUAUAACCGCAACAUAAACGACAACGAAAUCGUUACAUCGAAUGCAGACAACAGAAACAAUGUUAUAUAUAACCAACGAAACAUCAACGCUAUCAACAACAACUAUGACAUCAUCAACAACAACAACAACAACAACAUAAAUUACAACAACAACAACAACAUUCAUUCAUCAAUGGUGGCCAUAGAGAACACGGGAUCUUUUCAGACACUGGCAUAUCACGUCGCACCAGCCUGCCUUAUUAUCCUCAGCGCCUUAACACUGCACACGCUCACGGUUUACUUCUUCGUUAAACACUCACACAAAAAUAUACACCACGGCUACAACAACUGCCACAGCAGCUACAAAAACGACGACAGUAAACAUAAUUGCGACCACAGCAAUGACAACAAUAUAUCUGAAUCGACAGCCCCAUCGACAACAACCACACCAUCACUGACAUCAACAACAUCAACAACAUCAACAACAUCAACCAGCCGACCACUUAAAUUGAUCAAUCGACCGUUUUCGAGCAAACUUUAUGUUCCUUACGGCACUGUAGAUAAAUUAGAUUUUAUUAUUAGCGAUUACCGAACCGAUAAUUACUCUAGCGAACGAGUCUGCCCGAAGAAACUUGAAGAAACUCCAAUACUCUGGGGCAGAGCAGUUAUCGUCAUGUAUGUAACUCUGAAAAUUUUUUCUAGCUUCUUCUUCGCCUUAACGAGUUUGAUUUUCUUCUUCCAACUGAUGCUGAUUGUGAAUCACGGUAGGGAUGUUACAUCGCUAUCCGAACGUAUUCCGCAGCGAGUUCCGAAUCUCGAGAGAUCGUAUUAUUCGUUCGGUAUGCAGGAAGAAAAUCGGGAUUACUCAAAAGAGAGAACCCGUGAAAAAUUGGAAAUAGAUAAUGAAAGUUAUGCAAAAAUGAAAUUCAAUCACGCAUCCAGCUUAAAACCACGCCGGCUAAAAAGUAAAUGGAGAAAAUUUUUCAAGACGAAGUUAGCGUGCGAGGCAUAUCUAAUGGAUGUGAUGAAGUUUGCAAGUGAACAGACGAUGAAAUCAUUUGAUGGUCUUUACGAGACAAUGCAGCCUUCAAAUGCAUUCAGAAUCUCAAUGAAUAGUUUUGUGCCAGACACUGAAAUGAUUCGUGGAAGAAUUUCAACGGCGUCACAUGAUGCUGUUGUGGAUGUUUUUGAUGGAACCGCUAAGAAACAACUUGCGAAGGGUCACAGGCGGUGGUCAGAAAAUUAUUGGCUGAAGAGGUGGUUCAUGAAGCAUGGGAAGUUGAAAAAUAAGAAAUUUGUUGAUUUACAGAAGAUAGCAGUUUUGUUAAAAACUUCAAAAUGGAUGCUUCAUAACUGGUUAGAAGCAGAAGUGCAAAAGAUUGAGUUGGCCAAGAGGACAACUGUCAACCCAUGCGCUGAACAAGCUAUUAAAACGUCCUUGAACCCAUCCAUCAACCCUCAAACACCUCGACAUUCCUUCCGUUCACACUUCUCCAAAAAACAGAAUCAAUUCUUGACGAAGGAAAUAAAAGCAAAAGUUAAUUUCUACGAACAUCAUCCUCUUAACAUUUCGAGAAAGAAUGAGAAAAACGCAGACGCAACGAAUGAAGAGGGCGAAGAGGACUACGAUUAUUGCAAAUUAGAAAACUUUUCGAGCACGCUGCAGCCAAUCUUUGUAAUUAUAGAUGUUUUGCUCUUCAUUUUCCGCAUGCAACGCUUGUUUUUUAUUUUCAAUUUGAGCCAGGCAUCAUCAUCCAGAAGUAAUAAUCGGCCUGGCUCAUCGUCGACGCCACAAAAUAAUGACCUCCCCAGCCGAUCUUUGAACGUCUCUAGCGAGCGGUUACUGCAGAGAAAUAAUAAUUGCUCGUCCAACGACAUCCCACAAGCACAUCAACAACAUCAAUUGCAACAUCAACAAACACAUCAACACCAACAUCAAACAAAAUAUCAACAAAAUGUUCAUUCAAAGAAUGUUGAAAAUGAAAGCCAGCCAAACCGUGAAGCACGUAAAAUUAAUUCAGCAAGCGAAACUUGCCAAAAUUAUCGAUCAACAGUAAACAGCGAACAUGCAAAAAUUGUUGAUACAAACGAAGUUAAGAAAUUGUUAAAAGCCUUGAAACCGCCACACAAAUACAUCAACAGCAGACAGAAGAGAAUUAACCGCGCCUCCCUUCUGAGUCGUGCAGUGAUGGGACUGGAGAGAAAUUCCAACCUCUUUACAUUCGUUGUCCUCAUCAGUGGGACAUCUAUGCUGCUCUAUAGCUUGCACCAAACUGUAGAACGUUUGAUUUAUAUUUCACUAGCUGACGACAGCGUGUUUCUAGUCGAAGAUGAGUUUGGAUUUGUAUGGAGAACGUUCAAUACGAAGGAGCAUCUAUCUCCCGGGCCCGAUCAAAUUUCAUCAAUCUCAGAUGAAAGAACUGACUUGAAAUUUAUUUGGUCCUACUUGCUGCUGCUGAAAAACCAAAGUCCUAGCAACGAUGUGGGAGCCAUGCAUCAUUUACUGCCAUGUGCUCUGGAGAGUAGAAAUAAAUUUCAUAGACCAGAUAACGUCGCUGCUAGAAACGAUAUCAUCACAGGCGCCUCUAGUUGUUACGAAUUCUUCAUAAAACUUCUGAGAACUUCAAAGAGGAUGAUCUCAACCAUCAUUAAAACUUUACUAGCAAUAGCUUCGUUUUAUUUUCUGACGAAAGUCUCAGAAAUAAUUCUACUCUCAUCCAUAUUGAGAGAUUUCAGAAGGAGCGUUCGCGGUCCAAGGAAAAGAUUGACAAAAAGAAAAAAGAAGAAAAUGAAAAAAUUAUCGACAGCCAAGCAAAAUGAUAUUUUGUUUGAAAAUUUAGAAAAAGCAUCUGAAAUUAUAAUAAUCGACGCUGCAACGAUUACAGAAAUUACGGAAAAUUUGAACAAAUCAUCGGCUUCUUCCAACACGCCUAGAAAAUUUACUUCAAAUAUUUCAACGAAUUCAAAUAAAAUACGUAGAGAUAAUGCGUUUAACGACUAUUGUGAGACAAACGUAUGA